UUACCAUGAUUGCAUGUCAUAUGACUGUCAGAGAAAACUAAACUUUCGUAUGUUUAUUUCAAAGAAAAAUCAAAACAAAUCGCCUGGGCAGAACUGGCCUCAGUAUAUCUGCCGCUGUAUUUUUUGUUUGUAUAAAGUUGAAUAUGAUUUUAAGUUUUUUAUCGCAAUUUGAAAUUGGAUCCGUUUGCAAUGUCAGCACAGUUAGUAGACAACACAAAAUCAAUUCAAUUUUUUGGAUGUGCUUAUUCUUUCUGCUCUGUUAUCAUUACUUUGAAAAGAUUUUACAGCCACACUUGAAAGCGGCUAAAUUCUCGUACUACAAAUGGAAUUUAACAAUUCACUUUGUUUGGAAUUGUUGUUUCUAUAUCGUGGCACUUGUGUUUCUGUGCCUGUAUCGAAAAUACUUUUUAGUUGAUAGUUUGUACUUCAAGCAAAAUGGACAAAACUAUUAUCGAAGCUAUGAAAAUCUACUGUUUUACACGAACAAUCGCUGCUCAUUAUACAGUUCAAUUAGUUUCAUUUUGUUGUCAUUUUAUCUGAUCGAUGUGAUUUAUGAUUUGAAUGAGGGUAACAUUUCCGAAGCGAUCAGCAAAUUUUUGGCAUGCGGUAUUGUCGUCUGUUUUGAUAUUUAUCGUUUGGAGUACUUUUCGGUGAUGUACAAUGCCAUGUUGGUUUUGAUUUACUUGAUUACGGAUGGUUUGAGACUUAUAUGCUGGCAUAUUCCCGAAAAUAGCGAUUUGGCCUUUCGUAUUUGCGUUUCACUCAAAUUAUUGCUGUGGUCAUUUGUAUUUUUAUAUUUGUCGCCGUUUUAUUUUCUUUUUCCAAUAUUAUAUGGCCGCAAGUUUAUUUUAUGGCUAAAUUUAUUCUCUUUUUGCUGGUAUGGAUCAUGUAUUUGGAAUUCGCCAAUUCUACAGUAUAUGUGCCAUCAAAUAUACCACACCAACAACAAUUCCAAUGAUUGUCUCGGAGGGCGAACUGUUUCUCGAUGUAUCUUGAUAAAGGAAACCAAGGAACUGCGUCAUUUAAAAAACAUUCGAACCGCACUUAUUGAAAUACAAUUAAAAGAUAUGGUGCAAAGCGAUGAAUCAAACCCAUCAUUGAAAACGUAUCAAACAAUUAAGUGUAUGAUUGCGUUGAAACGCAAAUUGAAAAGAAUCCGUGAGAAUAAGGAGCAUUCAACAUAAUAAUUGUUUCAGAAGACUGAAUUCGUAUUUGUUCGAGAGGCCAUUGUUAUGCCCGAUUUUAUUUCAUGUCAUCGCCUUUGGUGCUUGUAACAGCUUAGAUAGUGAAUGAGAACAAAAGUCUUAAGUAAAGUAACAUGUCCAGCAUCUAAUCUUAUGUUUAUUGAAUUGUUUUUGUUAUAUGUGAAGCAGCUUCAACUUUAAAUAAGUUUGUUAUGUUUGAAUUAACGAUAAUUCGAAUAAUUAUUGACCAACAUUUGGAGAAAAUUGAAAUAAAUCUAUUGAUGUGAAUUAAUCAGAAGUUGUGCGUCCA